AUGAGUCUGAGAGCCAGAACGUUACUACGUAACAGCAUACUGUGUACUGGGCUUGUUACCAGAAAUUUGUUACCUCGGGUGAGCUACAACCUGUGCCGUGCCUCUCCUAGAUCACCAAUACAUACCAGUGUCAUCGCAUACAAUGAGACAAGAAAGGACGACAAAAAGGUCCACUUGAGGUCUUUUAAAGUGGAAAAACCUAAGAUGAUGAUAGCUUUUACCUGCAAGAAAUGUGACACGCGAUCCUCCCACACGAUGUCCAAGCAAGCUUAUGAGAAGGGGACGGUCAUGAUUUCUUGUCCGCACUGCAAAGUCAGACAUUUGAUAGCAGACCACCUGAAAAUCUUCCACGACAACCAUGUCACCGUGGAGCAGUUGAUGAAGGCCAACGGGGAGAAAGUCAGUCAGGAUGUGGGCGACCUGGAAUUCGAAGAUAUUCCAGAUUCGUUGAAGGACGUUCUGGGAAAAUACGCCAAGAACAACCCAGAACAGACGCCGCACCUACCUCAUCCAUCCCAGAAGGAAUAA